UUGUUUUAUUUGCGCAACCCAAGUAGCACUAAGGACGCAAAACAGCUGGCACAUGCGCGAAAAUACACAGAAAUUCCAGUACAAAGCAAACGCUGAAAUCAACCACCAGCAAAGUCAACGACAACGGCUUUCCAUCAGUGGAGCGUGCUAACAUAAUUAACUGUAAAAAAGCAAACAAAUUUACAUAACUUACCAGUUAAAAGUGAAACUACAUUGAUGCAAAAGAAAAACCUAUUACAAAAUUUCUGCCAAGUGUAAUAAAAGUCAAGCGAAAGAAGGGGAAACAGCAGCAACGUUUGCAGAAUACGACAAGAGAGUCAAUUGAAGCAAGCGAGAGGCAGCGAGAGAGGGAGAGAGACAGAAUAGAGAGCGACCGAAAGUAACAACACCCCACAAACAAGCGCCCGCUUUGUGCACGUUUGCACGUUUCUGCCUUCUGAGUUUUUGUCGUCGCUUCGACUUCGGCAUCGGCUUCGUGUGGCAAUCGUUUUGUGUGUACACGACGACACCAGGCUAAUCCUUUAGAGCGAAAGCAGGCAAAAAGCACACAAAAUACAACACAACAAAGAAGCGAAACAUGUUUUCGGGUCUAACAAAUCAAUUCACCUCGCUGGUGGGCGCAGUCAAGGGCGGCGCAGGCGAUGAGGAUGUACCAGUGCCUACAGCCGAUGCUGCCGGUGGCGCUGCAACCACAUCUUCAGCAGAGGUGGUGGCCACAUCAGCGGAACAGGAAGCUGCAGCCGCUGCCAGCGGCGAGCAGGGACUCGAAGGCGAGGAGGGUGCCAAGAGCAUACCCAAAUCAGCUUCCCUUGUAGAUUCAUUAGUCAGCGAAGCCACUGGCUGGCUAGGCAGCGCCAAGGGCUGGUUGGGCAAUGCUUCGAUACCAUCGAUGCCAGCCAUGGCAAUGCCAUCGAUGCCUUCGAUGCCAGCGAUGCCAUCAAUACCAUCGAUUCCCGGACUGCGUAAGAGCGGCACUGCCGAUGGAGCUGAGGGCGGCGAAGGUGCUCCAGAUGUCAAUGCUGCGGGUGCUGUGAGUGCUGGCGAUGAUGACGACAAGUCGAGGUAUAUUAGUGCUACAGAGGGCGCUGAUUCGCAUCCAGCAUCGGGCGGCGGCACGCCCACUGGCGAUGAGGGUCAAAUUGGACAGGGUAAGGGCGAUGAAGUGAAAAUUACCACAAAAGUAACACAACAGGCCAAACAUUUUGGAUCAUUCUUGUCAUCGGCCAUCAGCAAGGCUGGCAGCAAGAUCAAGGAAACAGUCAAGGAUAAUACCAUUCUCGACUCGUUCAAUAAGGAGCAGGAGGCAUUCAUUAAGGGUCAAGGCGGUGCUGGCAAUGGUGCCGCCCCCUGGAUUGGACAUGCCAAUGAGACAAAGAUAAAGGAGGAAAUUUUGGGAUUAUCACAGGAUCGUCGCAACUUUGUGCGCGCUCCGCCAGCCGGCGUGGACUUUGAGUUUAGCUAUGACAUCGCAUAUCCCACUGCCAUAGCCAUUAUGGCCGAGGAUAAGGCGCUCGAAACGAUGCGCUUUGAGCUGGUGCCCAAGAUCAUUACUGAGGAGAACUUCUGGCGAAAUUAUUUCUAUAGGGUCUCACUAAUCAUUCAGGCCGCCGAGUUGGGCACUUUGGGCGCUGAUGGUGUGGGCCAGGCUUCCAGCGGUGAAGAUGCAUGUAAACAAUUGCCAGAUAAAAAUGAUAUUAAUAAAAAUAUUAGCCCUGCGAAAAGUGGGCCAAUCGCCGAUUCCCCAUCAGAAGAAGCAGCAGCAGCUCAAGCCGCUGUCUCUGACCAACCCAAGCCUGUUAUAGAGAUUGUGGUUGCCGAAGAGCUCAUGACUAGGGACAAGAAAGCUUUGACCCAAAAAAUCUCCGAGUCCGAGUUCGUAUCGGAUGAAUUUCAAACAUCCAAUGAUACCGAUUUGGCCGAAAUCAAAGAUGGCAUGCGCAAGCUGGGCAUUGAUAGCAUGACCCAACAGGCGCUUGCCGCCAGCGAUGAGGAACAAUGGGAGAAGGACCUGGAAGCUGAGCUCAAGGACUACGAGGUUGUCGACGAGGGCGGCACUGGUGGUGGUCGCAGCAAACACGGCGUUGAGCCGGAACUAGAGGAGGAUGAGGAGACACCGAAAAUAUCAAAUUUGCGCACACGUUCGACUAACAACGAUUGGGAGGAGUAUGCUGAUUUAAUUGAGGAUACCGAUGAUUUAAAAACUUUGAAGUGCCUAAAACGCACCAUGUUGGGCUAUCAAUGAGACGAGGCAUUCUUUACGCUCUUCUAGUGUUGGCGUAAAAUGUUCGUAAAUGUAAAUAGAGUUUGCCUCGAUUCCUAUUGGAAAAGUUGGUUGAGAUCUGGCCAUUGGCAGUUAACAAAAGCAAAACCGUUUUAUUCAGUUACUUUUAAAGAUGAUAUAAGACACUAAACUCAAGUACAUUAUGUAAUGAUUCAAUCAAUCCGGUGCGUCGAAUUCUCCUUUUCAUUUUUUGGUCACAUGAGGUGACGAGUCGGGAACUUUCGCCAAUUGUUCAACACACGAAAAAUGGCAAACAGUUAACUAUAAUUAAAUAUAAAUACAUACACAAAAUUUCAAGCUAAACAGGAAACUGGUUAAACUAUAAUUGAAAGCAGCAGCGUAUAAAUCGUAUUUAAACAUAGUAAUGAAUACAUAAAUUCAAUAUAAACAAAAAUGGUACAUAAAAAAGCUUCAAAGGGAAACAUUUUGUUAUUUAUAUUUAUAAAUAAAUCAUAUAUAUAUAUAUAUAUAUACAUAUACAUAUAUAUACAGAAACAGAUAAAA